GGUCUUUGUUCGAGGAGAGAGAGCUUAUCUUACCAGAAUCGAGCUGAAGUGAGUGGUGGUCUGUAAACUCGAGCUGUGAGAGUGCUGAGACUGUUUGGUUGAUAUCUCGAGUUAUACCAAUCCAAAUAAGGCGUGCGAGAUACCCACAGAAAGCUCUCAAGACGAGGAAUCCGUGAAGGUCUGGUUUGCAUCAAUCGGAGUAGUGGAAGGCUUUCAAAUCGUCCGAGCAAAACACAACCUCGCGGAAUACGUUUUUGUAUUCAAAGUAAGUUUGAAUCCAAAACCUUCCUCUCUAUUGUCUAAACCAUAUAAAUGAUUGAAGAACUAUUAUACACUGAUUGAAGUGUAUAAAAUGUUAUUAUAAAGUGACUUUAAUUGUUGGAAAAGUUAGAUACUAAUCUAGACAAAACCUUGAAAGGUUAGGGAACGAUUUCGUCGGGAAACACCCGUUCUAGGGACUGUUUUUGUGCCUUCGGUUAGGAGUUGAACUAGCACUUUGAAGAGGCUGUUUAACACUCAAUUCCAAGCAAGGAAUCAGUCCUCAAUCUUUCUUGGCCGAGGCUUUGGUCAUUGGAUCGAGAAGGAAAGUUUUAAAGCUCAUUUGAGUUUCAGGUAGGACUUGAAGGUUGCUACCGCCGCCGUUGCUUUGGGGAGGUUCAAGGAAGGAGACGUGGUUCGUGCUUCUUCCGUUCCUGUUUUGAAAACAUUUUUAAAUAAUGCUCAUGGAUACUAUUUGAAUAUUUAUUUGGGCUUGUAUGCCCGUGUUUGCCACGUGUGGCUUGGAUAUUUGAAUUAAUGUUUCCGCUGCUUGAUUAAAUAUUUUGCAUUAUGAUUGUUUAUGGAUGUACUAUUGUGAAUGAUAUUCAUGACGCCUAGUAUAGUAUGGAUGAGUUGGACUGCGGUUGACUAUUCGUACUGUACGGCGGGUUGUUGACGUGUCCGGUGGGUCCGGGGCGUGACAAUUUAAUUGGUAUCAAAGCCCUAGUCCGUAAACUUCAUAAUGAAGCUUCAAAAUCUCUUUUUGAAAAACGAAUUUGAAAACCAUGAGCAUAAAAGUUUUGUACUUAUAGAACUUUUGGUACUUGAGUUGCAAAGUCUCUAAUUGUUAAGAUGGUACCCUUAACAAUUGGUAUGGCGGUGAUUUGAGCCAAAAGAUAUCUUUAAGUACCUAUCCGUCACUUGACAUUUGAUACGAGCCUAAUGGCUCAUUCUAAACUUCUUUCAGAAAUGGAACGCACCGGUAGAGUGACUCGACGGAACCCGACUGGCCAGGUGCUGGGAGGAUCCCAACGUGGCAGUCAGGGGGGAUCAAGAGAGUCCGGGGGACAGGGCCGAGCAGGCCACUCGCUGACCGUGAGUGACGGUCACGUGGAAACAAUAGAUGAGCACUAUGAGUCCGAGGAGGAUUCAACUUACCAACCGGGAACUGAGCCGGUUGACACCCCAUAUGAUGGGGAACACGAUGAUGCUAGUGAUGAGAGUGAUGAUAAUGACGCUCUUGAACGGAUUGAGGAAUUGCUCCGGCAAUACCAACAAGAUCGCCAAAGGCGCCGGGCAAGGCGUGCUUUGGAAGGGGCUUCGAGGAGAGGAAGCCGCGCGACUCCUAGGGAGAGCAUUGAACUCCGAGGGGGUCGAGGUGCCGAGGUUCCUAUCAUAAGGAUCUCAAAGUACCUAAAGGAGGCAAGAGACUUGGGAUGUAAACCGUUUGAUGGAACGGGAGACAUCUCCGUGGCGGCCGAGUGGAUCAAGAGAUUCAAUGAAGCGGCCCUUGAUAUGCAGCUGCCACCCCAUAUGAAGAUGAGAGUGGCAACAAGAUUGCUAGAAGGAAUGGCGUCCACGUGGUGGGACGGUGUCAAAGGGAAGUACGGUGAGGCGGUCACUUGGGAGA